AUGUCAUUGAAGCAGGAAAUCGAGACGUGGGUACAGGCCCUUGAUCAUUACGAUAAUCAUGAGUAUGAUGAAGCCCUCCGGGUCUUUGGUGCGAUUGCCGAGACAUCCAAGAUUCUCUUCAACUGUGGAGUGAUCUAUGCGACGUUAGGGGAACAUGAUAAAGCGGUCGAGUGCUACCAGCGGGCAGUUGGUUUGGACCAAUACCUUGCCAUUGCAUACUUCCAGGAGGGGGUCUCCAACUUCCUCCUGGGGGACUUUGAAGAGGCGUUGGCCAAUUUCAAUGACACGCUGCUGUAUCUCCGAGGUAAUACGUCUAUUGACUAUGAGCAACUGGGCCUGAAGUUCCGGCUAUACUCGUGUGAAGUGUUGUUCAACCGCGGUCUGUGUUAUAUCUAUCUCCAACAAAUGGGACCAGGCAUGCAGGAUCUUGACUACGCGUCGAAAGAAAAGGUCACACCGGACCACGAUGUCAUCGAUGAAGCUCUUCGCGAGCAGGCAUCUGGCUACACGGUCUUUUCGAUUCCCGUGGGUGUUAUCUACCGGCCCAACGAGGCCAAGGUCAAGAACCUGAAGACCAAAGAUUACCUGGGCAAGGCCCGGCUGAUUGCCGCGUCCGAGCGGAGCAGUAUGCCGUUUGGGCCGAGCGAAGACCUCAAGCGGACGCUGUCAAUGCUAGACCACCGCAAGCCCGAGCAUCUGCCGUUUGCAACGUCGCACCUGGUGCACAAGAACCUGCAAAGCCGGAGCCGUCAGCAUUCGGAGCCGCCUCUGAACCGUAAUCUAUUCCCUCCUACUCCCCCGCCGGACACAGACAAGGCGAGUACCAACAGCUCCACAGGUAGUGUCGCGAUGAACAGUCGACCGGGGUCCAUACGGGCGGCGCGGCCGCCACGGCUCGAACUGGGUGGUCAAAGUACAGAAACCCUGGUCGACAAGCCGCGGAUCGGCACAACGCGCACGGCGUCCGAGUCUCGAGCCGCACGACCGGGGCCCCGAGGGCCAGACGCACCGGGCCAUCGACGGGGGGUGAGUGAUACGGGCUUUGCACCGGCAGGACCCUCGGAGGAGGUGUACUCGGGCACGCGAUCGAUGCCGGCUGGGGCGAACUGGCGGCGUCAGCAGGAACGGUAUAUUGACGAGCAGGAAGAGUAUGCAAGUGAUGCAUAUGAGGACAAUGCACCAGAUGGUGAGUUUGAACUUGUUGGGACACGGCCGCAGGGGUCCCCGAAGCGGAGUUCUCGGCGGGGGACGUCACGGCGGCCGGAGGUGCGCAAGUUCCGGGUGAAGGCACAUUCGCAUGAGGACACACGGUACAUCAUGAUGGAGCCGACAAUUGGGUUUGGAGAGUUUGAGACCCGGAUCCGAGAGAAAUUUGGGUUCCGGACGCUGCUGAAGAUCCGGAUGCAGGAUGAUGGGGAUAUGAUUACGAUGGUGGACCAGGAGGAUUUGGAUUUACUGAUGGGAGGGUCACGAGAGGUGGCACGAAGGGAGGGAAGUGAGAUGGGAAAGAUGGAGAUAUGGGUUGAGGAGCGGGGAGUGAUUUAG